AUUGUUAGCAACAUGAUUAUAAAUAUAUAUAGAAUAGUUUCAGAUUUUAAGAAUAAUGGGUAGAUCGUCUAAAGAUAAGCGGGAUGUUUACUACAGGUUGGCGAAAGAGGAGGGCUGGAGGGCGCGAAGCGCUUUUAAGCUGAUGCAGAUUAAUGACGAAUUCAAUAUUUUCGAAGGUGUCACCAAGGUUGUGGAUUUGUGUGCUGCUCCCGGUUCCUGGAGUCAAGUUCUUUCUAAGAAACUCAGAGCUCAGAAAAGUGAUGAGGAGAAGGAGAGUGUUAAGAUUGUAGCAGUUGACCUGCAAGCUAUGGCGCCUCUGCCUGGUGUCAUUCAAAUACAAGGUGAUAUUACAAAACUGUCGACAGCGAACAAGAUUGUUGAUCAUUUCUCUGGGGAGGAGGCUGACCUUGUUGUCUGUGACGGAGCUCCUGAUGUUACAGGACUUCAUGAUAUAGACGAAUACAUUCAAGCUCAACUACUUCUAGCUGCGCUGAACAUAACAACUCAUGUUCUAAGGAAGGGUGGAAAUUUUGUGGCAAAAAUUUUCAGGGGUAAAGACGUAAGUUUACUCUACAGUCAGCUGAGGAUAUUCUUCCCUGUUGUAACAAUCUCUAAACCAAGGUCUUCCAGGAACUCCAGUAUAGAGGCUUUUGUGGUGUGCCAAAACUACAGUCCUCCUACUGGAUAUACCCCCACCAUGGUGAACCCUCUUCUUGAUCAUUCCUAUACUGACUUCAACCAGCUAGAAGGGGUAAACAGAGUUAUUGUACCCUUCCUUGCUUGUGGUGAUCUCUCCGCUUAUGACAGUGAUAGAACCUACGGAUUAGAUAUCAGGGAGGGUGAAGAGUAUAAGUAUUUACCACCAACUCAGUCUCCGAUAAAUCCUCCAUACAAAAGCGCUGUAGAUCUUAAAAGGAAUGAUGGAAUCGCUAAACCUACGCAAUCUAACUCCAACUCUAAGCAGCUGGACGCAGAGAAUUCUGACGCUACAGACACAGUGACGCAGGGCGUUGCAAACAUGGAUAUUUAGUUUUUGUUUUGUUUUCAGA